AUGGAGCCGUGGAAGCAGUGCGCGCAGUGGCUCAUCCACUGCAAGGUGCUGCCCGCCAACCACCGGGUGACCUGGGACUCGGCGCAGGUGUUCGACCUGGCGCAGACCCUGCGCGAUGGAGUCCUGCUGUGCCAGCUGCUCAACAACCUCCGGGCGCACUCCAUCAACCUGAAGGAGAUCAACCUGAGGCCGCAGAUGUCCCAGUUUCUCUGUUUGAAGAACAUAAGGACAUUUCUCACGGCCUGUUGCGAGACAUUUGGAAUGAGGAAAAGUGAACUCUUCGAGGCAUUUGACCUGUUUGAUGUUCGUGACUUUGGAAAGGUUAUAGAAACAUUAUCACGGCUUUCUCGCACACCUAUAGCUUUGGCCACAGGAAUCAGGCCCUUCCCAACAGAAGAAAUCAUUAAUGAUGAAGACAUCUACAAAGGCCUUCCUGAUUUAAUAGAUGAAACCCGUGUGGAUGAUGAAGAAGAUCUCUAUGACUGUGUUUAUGGGGAAGAUGAAGGUGGAGAAGUCUAUGAGGACUUGAUGAAAGCAGAAGAAGCACAUCAACCCAAAUGUCCAGAAAAUGACAUACGAACUUGUUGCCUAGCAGAAAUUAGGCAGACAGAAGAAAAAUAUACAGAAACUUUGGAGUCAAUAGAAAAAUAUUUCAUGGCACCACUAAAAAGAUUCCUGACAGCAGCAGAAUUUGAUUCAGUAUUCAUCAACAUUCCUGAACUUGUAAAAGUUCAUUGGAACUUAAUGCAAGAGAUUCACGAUUCCAUUGUAAAUAAAAAUGACCAGAAUUUGUAUCAAGUUUUUAUUAACUACAAGGAAAGGUUGGUUAUUUAUGGGCAGUACUGCAGUGGGGUGGAGUCGGCCAUCUCUAGUUUAGACUACAUCUCUAAGACAAAAGAAGAUGUCAAACUCAAAUUAGAGGAAUGUUCCAAAAGAGCAAAUAAUGGGAAAUUCACUCUUCGAGAUUUGCUUGUGGUUCCUAUGCAGCGUGUUUUAAAGUAUCACCUUCUCCUCCAGGAACUGGUCAAACAUACCACUGAUCCUAUCGAGAAGGCAAAUCUGAAACUGGCUCUUGAUGCAAUGAAGGACUUGGCACAAUAUGUGAAUGAAGUGAAAAGAGAUAAUGAGACCCUUCGUGAAAUUAAGCAGUUUCAGCUAUCUAUAGAAAAUUUGAACCAACCAGUUUUGCUUUUUGGACGACCUCAGGGAGAUGGUGAAAUUCGAAUGACCACUCUAGACAAGCAUACAAAACAAGAAAGGCAUAUCUUCUUAUUUGAUUUAGCAGUGAUCGUAUGUAAAAGGAAAGGUGACAACUAUGAAAUGAAGGAAAUAAUAGAUCUUCAGCAGUACAAGAUAGCCAACAAUCCUACAACUGAUAAAGAAAAUAAAAAGUGGUCUUAUGGCUUCUACCUCAUCCAUACCCAAGGACAAAAUGGGUUAGAAUUUUAUUGCAAAACAAAAGAUUUAAAGAAAAAGUGGCUGGAACAGUUUGAAAUGGCUUUAUCUAACAUAAGGCCAGACCAUGCAGACUCCAAUUUCCAUGACUUCAAGAUGCACACCUUCACUCGGGUUACAUCCUGCAAAGUCUGCCAGAUGCUCCUGAGAGGAACAUUUUAUCAAGGCUAUUUAUGUUUUAAGUGUGGAGCAAGAGCACACAAAGAAUGUUUGGGAAGAGUAGACAGUUGUGGCAGAGUUAAUUCUGGUGAACAAGGGACGCUCAAACUACCAGAGAAACGGACCAAUGGACUCCGAAGAACUUCCAGACAGGUGGAUCCAGGUUUACCAAAGAUGCAGGUUAUUAAGAACUACACCGGAAUACCACCCCCAGCUCUUCACGAAGGACCCCCAUUACACAUCCAGGCAGGGGAUACAGUUGAACUUCUGAGAGGUGAUGCACACAGUCUGUUUUGGCAGGGUAGAAAUUUAGCAUCUGGAGAGGUUGGAUUUUUUCCAAGUGAUGCUGUCAAGCCUUGCCCAUGUGUCCCUAAACCAGUAGAUUAUUCUUGCCAGCCCUGGUAUGCUGGAGCAAUGGAAAGAUUGCAGGCAGAGACUGAACUUAUUAAUAGGGUAAAUAGUACUUACCUUGUGAGGCACAGGACCAAAGAGUCAGGAGAAUAUGCAAUUAGCAUUAAGUACAAUAAUGAAGCAAAGCACAUCAAGAUUUUAACAAGAGAUGGUUUUUUUCACAUUGCAGAAAAUAGAAAAUUUAAAAGUUUAAUGGAACUUGUGGAGUACUAUAAGCAUCAUUCUCUUAAGGAAGGGUUCAGAACCUUAGACACCACUCUACAGUUCCCAUACAAGGAGCCAGAACAUUCAGCUGGACAGAGGGGUAAUAGAGCAGGCAACAGCUUGUUAAGUCCGAAAGUGCUGGGCAUUGCUGUCGCACGAUAUGACUUCUGUGCAAGAGAUAUGCGAGAAUUGUCCUUGUUGAAAGGAGAUGUGGUGAAGAUUUACACCAAGAUGAGUGCAAAUGGCUGGUGGAGAGGAGAAGUGAAUGGCAGGGUGGGCUGGUUUCCAUCCACGUAUGUGGAGAUGGAUGAAUAA